UUUUUAUGUUAUUGGUUAAUUUUUUCUAAUCGUCUAAAUAAUUUUGAUAGCAAUAUAAUACUUCAAAUUUUCAAUAAACUUUAAAUAUUUCGUGUAACUUUUCUCCAUAAAUAUCCCAAUUUAAGAAAAAAAUAAUGUCUUUAUCAACUUUAAAAACUCCAGUUCUUAGUAAAAUCACUAAACGCGGAUAUGCAACAAAAACACUAGCUCAAUCUAUAAAAGGUACAGUUAUUCAAACUAAGAAAUUACCUAACAGUACGUUAGUUGUAGCUGCUCCUGAUUUUCCUACCAAAAUUGGUCGGAUAUCUGUAACUUUUUUGGCUGGUUCUCGUUACGAAGAUCCUGAAAGUACAGGUAUUUCUAAUUUAAUUCGUAGUUCUGCUGGACUUUCUACCUCAGCAUCAACUACAUUUUCAAUUCUAAGAAAUUUGGGUCACUUGGGAGCUAAUUAUUCAGUUAGCUCUGAUAGAGAAACAAUUACUUAUACCAUUGAAGCCCAUAAAGAAAAUCUUACUGCGGGUCUUAAGUACUUUAUUGAAUCCGUAUCCCAGCAAACAUUUAAACCAUGGGAAUUAUCUGACAAUCAAGAACGUGUUGAGUAUGAAUUGUUGCUAAUACCACCAGAAUUACGAGCUUUAGAUUUAGCGCAUAAAGCUGCUUACAGAAACACUCUUGGCAAUACUAUAUACUUACCCAAGUAUAAUUUGAAAAAGUUAGGGUCUGAACACCUACUAUUUUAUGUAAAAAAAAAUUUUACUUCUGAUAAAGCCAUCAUUUCAAGUGUUGGAGUAGAUGCAGAAACCUUACAACUUGUGUCAGAAGACUUGAAUUUACCUAAAAGUGAACAAGAUUGCUCAGUGAAAGCUAAAUACUAUGGUGGCGAUGUGAGAAAAGCAAAAGAUCUAGGUACUUCAUACUUAGCAGUUGUAGGGGAAGGUGUAAGUUAUGGAAACUCUCAAAGUGCUGCAUUUGCUGUACUUGAAUACUUGUUGGGCAAAGGAUCAUCAGUAAAAUGGGGUGUAGGUCAAGGAAAUUUGGAACAAAAUAUUUUACAAUCUAAUGUAUCUGGUAAUUUUGCUGUGUCUGCUAUAAAUUAUAAUUAUUCAGAUUCUGGUUUAUUUGGAUUUUUAUUGGCAUACAAUGGUAAAGAUUCUGGUAAAGCUCUCAAUGCUGCUGUUCAAAGUUUAAAGUCACCAAAAAUAACUGAUGCUGAAGUCUCUAGAGCUAAGAAACAAUUAUUGUUUUCAUUGUUGUCAACUUCAGAGUCUAGCUCUGAAUUAUUAAAAAAUAUUACUAAUCAAGCAGUUGUAACUGGUAAAGUGCAUCCUAUCGAGAAACUUGUAGCUGCAGUUGAAUCAGUUAGUAUUGAAGAUGUCAAGAAGGCAGCUAGUCAAGUUGCCAAUAGCAAAUUAUCAUUGGGUGGCUAUGGUAAUAUAGUUAGCACACCAUACUUAGAUAGUUUGUAAUUUAGAAUUAUUAUAAAACCUAUAAUUGUGUUAAUUUUUAGAAGUUAAAAUUUCAAUACACUUUGUUUUGUUUGCUUAAUUAAAUUAAUUCUAGCCCAUAAUUAAUGUCUAAUAUUAUGUCAAAGAAAUAGUUUAUUCGUUGUAAGAAAUAAAAAAGAAAAAUUUAUAAUA